CUGGGAGCAAUGCAUCCUUUUAGACGCCAUCGCCUGCUAUCAGUGCCCUCACGACAUGAAUGACCUGAUGGACCAAGCUGGGAAAGACGUGAGGCCCACAGUAGAGUUCCUAACACUUGCUGAAGAACUUCAUUCCUACAUUCUAAGCUUCCUUCCUUGGCAAGAUAUUCUUCGUUGUACAUCUGUAUGCAAGGCCCUUCGCCAGACAUACGUAUCAUCUUCCGAGCUUCAGUACAUUGUAGAACUCGGUGGCCAACAAUUACUCCCAGUCCCCAUCGUGGACCUCGGCGACCACACUUCUGUCUCUCAGCGCCUACAACUCCUGAGGGACAAAGCCCACGCAUGGUUCCAGUUUAACCUCCACGCCUACUCUUUCCAACCAUUCUCUAUGCAAGAACAAUUUUAUGAAGUAGAGUCAUCCCUCGCCGAUGGACAUCUCUACUUAUGGUCACGGUACCACGAAACUGAAGACUUGGGAAACUGGGCCAAGAUUGUUCCAAUACUGCCAAAGCCCUCUCAGCAAACAAUCGAGCGGCAUUGGUCUCCGGGAUCGCUGUGUUCAGUUCCCAAUGCAUACGUUGUCGAUGUGUAUAUGGACCCAACACAAAACCUGAUCGCCACCGCGUAUACUGUUAAUAAUGAUACGCUCCAGGAGGGGAGAUUCUACGUUGAACUUAGAUCCCUGGAUGGAGAUGAUAUCCACCCUCAAGCUGCUGGACAGACGCUGUUUCUGUCUGUGCUUACCGCACAAGACAACCAUGACUGGUUCACGAUAACGGAGGUAGUGAAGCUCAAGGUUUUGGGGAGACAUCUCGCUCUCCAGUGUUCCCCGGUGUUCGAUGAUCCGAUCAGCACUACAUCUCGGGUUAUUUGGUGGUUGCAACUUUGGGACUGGCAACACUCGACAACGUCCAAUUGCAACCUCAGUGACACCAUGACAUAUUUCCGAGAGUCAAUCGAUUUUUGCUUUGUCGGAAACGAUAGGUUGUUGAUGGCCAGCGAUGAGUUGAAGCUCUAUUCAAUCGAGGAUAUGUCCCGAGAACCGCAAUUGCUGGCAUGCUACUUGUUACCCUUUCCAGUGGCGAGCAUGCAGUGCCACCUACCCAUCAAUGAUAUUGCGCAUGGCUCACAAAUGCAGAUGCAAGCCCAACAAACGAUGUGGACCUCAGACCCUGAACAUCGACUGUUGUGCUAUGCUACGUUCCGUCCGCGUCUCGUCUUCGUCAUCUCCACCCGUAUUUUCUUCGAUCUCGACUCGAAGCGCGUGGGUGAAAAGGCAGUGACAAUACCAUGGCAAAAUUGGGGCCCUACAAAUACUCGUGUGUUUCCGGAUUCAUGGAAACUUUGCGUCAGCGGGAAUCGAGUUCUACAGGCAUUCCCUGCAGGCUCUAGGUCCCAGUAUAGAUUGCAUAUGAUGGACUUCAGUCCGUUGGCUGUUGAGCGCCGGCAAGGUCUAGGACGAGUGGUGAGGGAGCCGUCUGAAACAGAAAUCCAUAAGCAGGGUAAGGCGUUGAUAACGUCUCUACCUUAUGUCGAGGUCGUGUCCGACAUAGUCUUCGAUGCUGUCGAAUUAAUCGGGAUGUGGGUCGAUAGGGAUAGAAUUUAUUUAGCCAAGAUGAUGGAUCCGCCUGAGGACAACCCUGGGGAUCGAAGAAUGGACCAGCUUAAAGUCAUCGAGAUGUCGAUCGUCGACCACUCGUGAUUGUGGUCUAGGCGUCCCUGAGCCUGUGUUUGACUAGGUAACCCAAAUAGAAAUAAGACGCUGGCAGUUGAAAGUACUUUCCACGGACCACGGUAUA